AUGGCGCGUGCGCUUCUAGUGGCGCGUGCUUCUAGACUUGGGAGCGACAACUACGAACGGGACUCUGGCACCGAUCGCGCGCGAAAGUGGAUCCGAGACGUGCGCCACACAGCCUUUGAGUAUGCUUGGCUGAGCCAGGACCAGCUCACGAGGCAAAAACGUCUCAGAGAACGUGCCAAAGACCCUUUAAAGGUCUGCGACUCGCAACAUCUUAACGCGGCUUACCUUACGGUCACGGAUCUGGAACAAGCGCGUCAUUACGACCUUGCAGCCCAUUCCCAGUCUAACCAGAAGACUCACGUCAGCCAAUGA